UUCUUCUUCAAUAAACAACAAAAAUGGGGAAGAAGAGAAAGCAUAGCGAGACCGAAGCUCCAGCACCGAUGAAGGAGAAUGAUUCUGCUCCCGAGAGACCUAAAAGGACUCUCUUGGGUUGGAAAGAUAAGAAUGAAGACGCUGAGAAAUCUAAACCAGCGUCUGCGUCUGGAUUCAGGAAUAAAGAGAAGGUUCUCGUUACUUGUUCCCGACGGAUCAGUUUCAGGUAUCAGCAUUUGAUGUUGAACAUAGUGUCACUUCUCCCUCACUGUAAGAAGGAUAGUAAGGUAGAAGCUAAGAGUAGUAAAGGCGCCACUCUUAAUGAGCUUGUCGAGCUUAAGGGCUCUUCUUCCUCUUUGUUUUUCGAGUGUAGGAAGCAUAAAGAUCUUUACUUGUGGAUGGUCAAGUCCCCAAGUGGACCCUCCGUUAAGUUUUUGGUUAAGGCUGUUCACACAAUGGAGGAGAUGAAACUCACAGGAAAUCAUCUGAAAGGUUCUCGCCCACUUUUGACAUUCUCAUCCAAUUUUGAUAAAGAUGCACACUGGAAACUUCUGAAGGAGAUGUUAACUCAGAUUUUUGGAGUUCCCAAGGAACACAGGAAGUCUAAACCUUACCAUGACCAUGUGUUUGUUUUCUCCAUUAUCGAUGACCAUAUAUGGUUCCGAAAUUACCAGAUAUCGGUACCUCAUAACGAGUCAGACAAGAUUGCACGAGGUGGUCUGGAUAAAAUGACACUUAUUGAGGUUGGUCCAAGGUUUUGUUUAAAUCCAAUUAAGAUUUUUGGAGGCAGCUUUGGUGGUCCAACGCUUUACGAGAACCCAUUCUAUGUAUCUCCAAACCAGAUUCGAGCUUUGGAGAAAAGAAAUAAAGCUGGGAAAUUUGCUAAGAAGAUCAAGGCAACAACGAGAAGAAAGAUGCAUGAGCUUGCAAACCCAUUGGAGCCUGAUGAAUUUGCAGACAUGUGGAAGGAUGAAUAAUAAUAUUCGACAAACUUUUUUUGUUGUUGUAAACAUAUAAUUUACAGAAUCACCACACUUUUGUCUUGACUAUAAAUUGAGAUUCUUUUCUCCCUCCAAUCAAUCAAAAAGUGAGAUUCUUUUCUUGCAA